UGCCACUGGAAUUGUGCACCGAGCUGCUGGCUGACUCACAAGCCCUUUGUUAAAAUCUGUUUAAAAAAAAAAAAAGGAACUGAGGGAAUCUGAAGAGGACUGGAGGGCUACAUACUUCCAAAAGUGCCUGCUGGGUUCAUAUUUGGAGGCUACGGAAACCACAAGAUGUUCUUGCUGCUGCUUUCCAUGCUGGAGCUGGGCUGGGCAGCACCAAAGGCAAUGGCAACUGUUUUACAAGUUGCCCAGCUUGGUCCCUGGGAGGACAACGUCAGUUUUUCUAGCUUAUCUUGUGAGGAGUUGAAUAAGACAACAGCAGCCACCUUGUUUCUAGUGAACAGAAGCCUUGAAAGUUUCCCUCCCUGUCUGCCAAGGACACUACAGAGCUUAGACCUGAGCAGCAACCAGCUCAAGGAACUGAGAGAUCAGGACCUGAGGGACCUCUCCAGUCUUCAAGUUCUUAUCCUGAGGAACAACCUGAUCCAAGAGUUUCACUGGGGGGAAACUCCAGGAGUCUUUGAGAGCCUUGAAACUCUGGACCUUAGCUACAACAAGCUCUCAUCCAUGCCCAGCUGCCAAACUAUGAUGUUGCAGAACCUGACAUGGCUCUCACUUGUGGGAAAUCCUAUUCUGGAAAUCCAACCUGGGACAUUCUCCUGCUUUCCAUCCCUGCGUUUCCUUAACCUGUCUGCUACCCUGUUGGGGAAAAAUGACCAAGAAGGAAUUAAAGAGUCAGCCUUUGCUCAAAGAAUAAUAAACCACGUUGGAAAAAAGACACCUAUGUAUACCAUGGAAAUAUUGGAUCUGAGCGGAACUUUUCUUCCAGAAAUCCAGCUAGGAUGGAUCAGGGAUUUACCAAACCUCAGGUAUCUCUACCUUAAGAAGAUGGCAAGACUGAAAAGCCUUGAUGGGGAAAUAUUUAAGGCCACACCUAACCUGAGAGUACUGGAUUGUCAAGACUCUCAAGCACUGAGUUUUGUUAAAACAGAAAUAUUUAAAGAUACUCCUCAAUUGCAGUCUCUCCUACUCCAAAACUGCAACUUGAGUUCCUUCCAACCAUGGACUCUGGAUUCCUCCCAGGUCAUUUUCAUCAACCUCCAUGGCAACCCUUUAGCUUGUAGCUGUGAAUUGUCUUGGCUCCUCUCUAACACAGAGAAAAUGGUCCUAAGCAGGUCCAACGACACCAUUUGUAUUCCAGCUGGAGACCCCAACAGUACAUCGUUUUUGUCUUCUCUUUCCCUCUCCCAGCUAUACAGCAAGUGUCGUUCUAAAAGAAACACAGCCUUCUUAAUAUCAAACCCUCCUUCCCUGGAAAGCAAAGCUAUUAAUUCCUCUAACAAACUAUUAAAUGGAUCAAACCAACCAGUGACAACACUGGCUUCUCCCAGUUUCCACAAAACAGAACCCACAGCAUUUCCUGCUUUAGAGACACCAAACAUUACCAAGGAAAAUUCCUUCCUGAGCAAGGAAGCUACCUUAAAUACACUGAAACUUCCUCUGCCCACCCAAAGUAUUGGAAGGUUAACAAUCAUCCCUACCACGAUCCCUAUGGUAGGUCCUGGUGACCUGACCAUUCCACCCAGAGCUGGAAGAACAGUUCCGACAAAACUAAGGGAAGAAAAUGCUAUUAGGAAAAACUUCUUUAAUCGAUCUACUAUUGGACCAGGUAUCUCAGUAAAUACUUCAGGCUCUACCCCAUCACCUAGAAAGCAUCCCAGGAUUCCCUCUCUUCCACACAUGGUAACAACUCAGACCAAUCAAAGGGCAAGGAUCACCACUGAGGGACAUCAGUCAAGUGCUUCAGUUGUAGGGAUUCCAAUCUACAUGUUGGACGACUACAGUGAGGAGGAGGGGGAGGAGGCAGAGAAUAGGAAGGAUGUGGUUAAGCAAGAUAUCCUCUGUGAUUAUCACCCUUGUAAGCAUCUCCAAACUCCAUGUGAUAUACUACAGAAAUCAUCACGGUGCCGAUGCCCUGGCCUCAGUGGAGAAGACACCAUCCCAGACCCACCAAAACUCCAGGAGGUAUCCGAGACCACUGAUACAUCCACACUCAUCCACUGGUGUGCACCCAAUUCAGUGGUGCGCAUGUAUCAGUUAAUCUACCACCCUCAAGACAGGGAAGAGAAACAGACAGUUCUGAAAGAGAUCUAUGCCAUAGCCAGGGAGCACCCCUUACAUGGCCUCUCACCAAGUACAACGUACAACGUGUGUGUGUUGGCAUCUAACAAAGCAGGUGUGAGUCUAACCAGAACAAGUGAAUGGAGAAAAGCAUGUACCACCUUUACAACAAAGCCAAGUUUCUUCUUCAUUUUUGCAGGUCUGUGCAGCACAAGUGGACUACUUCUACUUAGCACCUUUGUACUGUCUGUAUGUCUUUAUAAGAAGUGCAAAACAAGACAUGCAGAACGAUAUGACACACAUCUUGUCUCCUACAAAAACCCUGCAUUUGACUAUCCAUUAAAACUUCAGACUUUUAAUUAGUCUUUAAGAGAAAUAACAAGAAGGCCUUUGCCUAAAGGCUCAGUCUAGGCAACUGGCAACCUUUGAUCAAGUUAGGUCAAGGGAGAACAGAGGAGAUUGAUGGCCUCUAAGGUCCCUGUUGGUAAUAAAUUUGUGAUCCUCUGAUUUGUCACUAUGAACACUAUUGACUUCUGCUUCCAGAGUGCUAAAGAAUGUGAGCAUGUUUCCAAAGCUUCCUUUCUGACUACUCCACUCCAGGGAAUAGGUAGACUAUGGGGGGAAGUAGUUUUAUGUGUAACAUUAGAUCACUUCCAGAGCUCCCCAAAUACUUGCAGGUCACCUUAUACUUCAAGAAUCCAUAAAUUCAUUGUUUAUAGGCACUUCUUUCAAUGAUGUCUAGAUUACAAGAACUGACAAUCAUAUAGUACUUGGAAAGGUCUUUUAUAGGCAUUAUCUCCUUUAAGCCUCUCAACAAUCAUGUGAAUUAAGUACUGUAGCUUUUUGUAGAUAGGUUUUUGAGGCUUGUUAUAGCAAAUAAUCUUUACCCUAUUGCCAAAUGGUUGAUGGAUCUUCUCCAAACUCGGCUACAUUCUUAGACAACAUACUGUGUUUCCAUCUUGAAUCUUUCCAUACUGUCUUGAGUACUAGGUAUAGUAAUUUAGUUCAAUUCAACAUUUAUUGGCUAUCUGCUAUAUGCAAUUUGAUGUGCUAUCUGGUAAAGCCUCUGAAUAUUUCAAAGACUGGUGCCACCUCAACAUUUAAUAGAAACACGUAAAAUGAAGUCCUAAUGUGAGCAAAAGAUUUUCACAUUGUAGCCUUGCCUUCUUUAAGCAUCAAGUCCAGGUAAGAUAUAAUUGAUGACAUGACACUGGGCAAGGAAUUUGUCCAAGGAUUUCAGUGGAUUCUUCCCCUGAAGGUUGGAAUGUAUGGAUAUCAGUAUAGACAGAGUUUCUGGCUACAUUAGCUGGGGGUAAACAGGAUUCCUGGUGUAUCAAGUUUCACUUCCACAGCUAAAAUAUCCUACUUUCAAAAAACAAAACACCAGGACCAACCACUUUCCCGAGACACAAGGAACUUGUCUCUUCUGUUCUUAAAUAACUGGGAAAAGCAACAACUACUCCUAUAAUCUUCAGCCUGUAAGAUUCUAAAAAGAUCUAACCUACUAGUGAAAAAAGGAAACAAGAAUACCUUUUGGAGUUUCAGUGUAUUAAACAUGGACAAAAUGAACUCUUAAGUAUACCUGUAGAUAAAGAC